AUGGCUGCCGAGGAGCAUCUAACUGACGCCCAGCUUGUAAGCGAACUUGCCAAGUUCGGAGAGAAAGUAGAACUGCCACUUAAACGCAACAAGCGACCCCUUCUUUUGAAGAAACUUAACCACCUUAGAGUCAGAAGUAAUAAGGAGAGAGCAGUUGCGACACCACCUAGAAAAAGUUUGCAAAGUUCAGCGUCUCCAUCUGCUUUCAGUUUCAGCAAAUUCAAAGAUCGACGGAAUGACGAAAAUGAAACAGAACUGCGGAACAAUGUCCAAAUACCAAAAGCAUCUACUCCAUAUAUUCGCGAUUCAAGAAGAAAUGUUAGUGAUAGUUUUCGUCCGUCCGAUUCCCAGACUUUAGUUUCAGACGACAGUGAUGUUGACACACCGUCUGGUUCAUCUUCAAAUUAUAAUCGACUCAAUGCUAGUAAAAGUUACAGAAAUCUCGAUGAUAAAGAUACGAUUGCCAAUCGUUCAGGUACUCGGCACAGUUUAGCAGAUCAAUAUUUCUCAAACAGGGUUCCUGGGACACUCAAACACACAGCAGCAGGAUCCAGCAGAGCUUAUAACAUUAGAGACAACGACAAAGCUUUCUUACAAAACCGUGAAGAUGAUGAUGAUGAAAAGACACAUUCACCACCAAGAUCAAGGCUUUAUCCUGACCUCAGUAGAUUUACACCGUCAUACUUACAGAGUGAUAGGUUCGAGUCUUCUGAUUCUGAUAUUGAUGAGCGAGCAAAUAAGUCUUUUCCUUUUUCUUCCCGUGUCACAAGACCAAGAGAUGCUUCAUCAUCAUUCCCAAGUAGACAUCGAACAUCUGUUGAUAGCCCCUACAGAGGACGGCAGCCGAAAUCUUCAUACUUUGCACAUUUGCCUAGAAUUUUUAUUAUAAUAGCUGUUCUCUUCUUUGUUAUUGUGGCUGCUUCCUACAUCGUGAAGAACAAAGAUUAUGUUAUGUCUUGGUUUCCAUCAUCAGGUAUUUACAGUUCUGAUGAUGUCCUACUCAUUUGCAGUGGCACCACCAAGACCGAGGUUUGCUAUAAGAAGGAAGUGGUGGAUCAAACAUUGCAAUACCUUGGGAAGUUGUUUGAAAUUUUGAGCUUCAGGAAAGGUCAGGUUCUUUGUGGUAAUGCGAAGCCUGGUCAAGAUUUCUUAACAGUUUCAGACUUGCAGUCGCAGAUGUACAAGCAUUUUCCCCAAACAGAAAAUGUUGAACUACUUCUUGAAUGUUGCCUACAACACAUUCUACUUAAUCCGCACUGGAAAAUUAGAGCUCUACAGGAAAACGGUACAGUAGCAGCCAGCACAGAGGAAGUUGCCAGACUAGAGUCAGAAGAACCUUCAAUGAGCAUUUUAUGUCGCCUGCGGCGGUCCUGCUUUACUGUAUUUUAUGAACUGUGUCUGGCAGCAGCAGCUGUUGCCAUUUUCGUGCUCUUGGCGAUGCUCGUCAGAUACAGACUAAAGAAGAAGGAGCUGGAGCAGAGAGAGGUGUUUGAAAUGGUUGAGGAAAUUCUUGAAAUAUUGCAAGAUCACUAUGAACAUACUAAGGGAAAGGACUCUGACGAAUCAACAUAUCUUGCAGUUCAGCAUGUUAGAGAUCAGUUGCUUCCCCCUGCUACAAGGCACAAACUCCAACCUGUCUGGGACAAGGCUGUGGCGUUCAUUGCAGCCAAUGAGUCUCGGGUCCGAAUGGAGACACGUAUGAUUCAAGGUGACGAAUUUGACGUCUGGCGGUGGCUACAGCCACCUGUACCUGAGAGUAGAAGUAAGAAAAUUAUAGGUCUUGCAAGUAAAUACAUUGAGAGAGACGACCAAGUUUCACAAAAGCCAACAGUUUGUCUGAAGAUUUGCAAGAUGUACAACAGCAGCAUUGUAAGUGGUGAUGAUGAUUGGGAAGAAGAAGUUAUCAAUGCUGUUUUAGAGAAGUGCAGGGGUGUAGACAGCAUUGUGCAUGCUCGUGUUGAUGCUGAGUUGGAGGAGGGCUGUGUCUUCAUAAAGUGUUCGGACUUGGAUGCUGCAAGAGAGGCAAAAGAUGAGCUUCAUGGUUGGAGGCGCAAAG